GAACAAGAAAAGGGUUCUGAUGAAGUUAUCUAUGCUAUCUAUGCUUGUAGCAUGUCCCAAAUGACGUGAAUUUGUUAUGAAUAUUUAAGUUGUUUUUCUUUUUUUUUUAAUGCAGAGAUUUACUAAAUGUUGGGCGUAUUAUAACAUUUACUGCCGUAAGUAUAGUCAACAAAUAAAUGUUAAUAUGAAGUACUUAAAUGUAGCCGAGAAAAACGAUGCUGCAAAAACAAUCGCCGGCCUCUUGUCGAAUGGAACCUCCACUAGACGGGAAGGCUAUUCUGUUUAUAACAAAAUAUAUGAUUUCGAAACGGAAGUAGGUGGGCGAAAGAGUAAAAUGGUAAUGACCUCGGUAUCUGGUCAUCUGUUGCAAUUAGAAUUUGUUGGAAUAUAUCGUCGAUGGAAGGAAGUAGAUCCUCAAGUGUUAUUUACAGCACCAGUACAAAAAACAUGCAAAGAAAAUUUCAAACCAAUUCUAAGAACAUUAGAAAGAGAAGUCCGCAGCUGUAAUGGACUCAUAAUUUGGACAGAUUGUGAUAGGGAAGGAGAAAAUAUAGGAUAUGAAAUAAUAGACGUUUGUCGCAAGGUGAAACCAAGCAUUAAAGUGUACAGAGCAGUUUUCUCAGAGAUUACCAAAGCUUCUGUUCGACGUGCUCUUCGCGAAUUAAAAGAACCUAAUAAGAGAUUAAGCGACGCUGUGGAUGUAAGAACGGAACUUGAUCUUAGAACAGGGGCAGCAAUAACAAGAUUUCAGACUAUGAGAUUACAACGUUUAUUCCCAGAAAAAAUUGCUGAUAACCUAAUCUCUUAUGGGAGUUGUCAGAUACCUACGUUAGGCUUUGUCGUGGAGAGGUAUAAGGAAAUAGAAGCAUUCGUUUCAGAACCAUUUUGGAAAUUAAAAGUUUUACAUACGAUCGGGGACCUCACAGUAGACUUCCUUUGGGCGCGAAAUAGAUUGUUUGAUAAAGCUGCUUGUGAAGAUUACCUCUUACUUUGUUUAGCUGAUCCGAAAGCGAAAGUUAUAGAUGUAAUAACUAAAAUUAAACAUAAAUGGCGACCGACUCCAUUAGAUACUGUAGAGAUGGAAAAACUGAGUUCGCGUAAACUUAAAAUUUCAGCUAAAGAAACAAUGACUAUAGCAGAAAAAUUGUAUUCCAAGGGUAUAAUCAGUUAUCCACGCACUGAAACUAAUCAAUUUUCAAAGGAUAUAGAUUUAAGUUCUUUGAUAGAACAACUUACUGCACAUCCAGACUGGGGAACAUUUGCACAACGUGUAAACGAAUGGGGGGCUAAUCCACGAAAUGGAAACAAGAGUGAUCAGGCUCAUCCACCGAUUCAUCCUACAAAGCUGGUAACAGAUCUGCACGGUAAUGAUGCACGAGUAUACGAGUUAAUAUGUAGACAUUUUCUGGCUUGUGUUAGUAAAGAUGCAGUUGGUUCGGAAACCGUCGUUAAUAUCAGUGUAGCCGGUGAAAUGUUUACUGCGACUGGUCUCUGCAUUCACGAACGAAACUAUUUAGACGUAUUUAUUUACGAAAAAUGGAAUGCAAAACAAAUACACAAAUAUGAACGAGGACAAUUAUUUGAACCCACUGAAAUAUCAGUGCAAGAAGGAGCCACUACUGCUCCUCCACUUUUAACGGAGGCUGAUUUAAUUGGUUUAAUGGAAAAACAUGGCAUUGGAACCGAUGCCACUCAUGCUGAACAUAUAAAUACAAUCAAGGAAAGAGGAUACAUUGGUGUGGUAGACAAAGGGUUUCUUGUUCCCGGUGUAAUAGGAAUGGGUUUAUAUGAAGGAUAUGAUGCCAUGAAUUUAACAUUAGCUAAACCCAUGUUAAGAGYAGAGUUUGAGUCAGACUUAAAAGAUGUUUGCACAGGAAAAAAGGAACCUAAGGUGGUGUUAGAUGAACAAAUUCAAAAAUAUCUCGAAGCAUACACACAAAUAACAGAAAAAAUUACGUCUAUGGACAAUAAAAUUGCCUUGCGAUUAAAUGAAAAUCCUACAACAAAUGACAAUCGGAAGGAUAAUUACGAUAUUACGAAUAAAUCCAUAACAGAAUUGUUUCAAUGUCCGAAAUGUUCCGUGGCUCCGUUGACUUUGCGGCAGAAGAAAAGUAAUAAGGCAUAUUUCAUUGGCUGUAUGAACUUUCCUGAUUGUAAGAAUGCCAUUUGGUUGCCAGAAGAAUGUGUAGAACCAAGAAUUUUACCAGAAAGUUGUCAGCGUUGUGGACCAAAUGUAAAACUGAUUAAAUUUAAAUUUAAUUCUUUGUACUAUAAAAAUAUAUUUAAUACACCUACUGGUUGGUAUACUUCAUGUUUCCGCUGUGACCAACAUCUCCGUGAUUUGUUUAAUAUUAAUCUAGAACAAGUGAAGAGUACUGGUGGCAUUGUUGGAAUUAUUAAUAAUCCUAUAACACCUGCGGGUGCAGUACCAUUGGUCUCUCCUAGAAAUCUAAAUAUCAAUAGAGUAUCAGAAAGUUCAGUAAAUAUUCUGAAGAAGAGAAAUAUGAGUAAACCAAAAAUAGUACCUGGAACUAAAAAAGACUCAAAAAAUAAAAAAACGAAAAUACAAAGUACACAUAAAAACAUUCGUACGUUUUUUACAUCCGCAUUAAAUAAUGAACAUUCAAAAAGUCUUGAACGACUUGAUAAUGCAGCAGUUAGUGAUGCGGUUUUGGAUGAGUUUUUUGAAAGUGAUAAUGAUUUCGAUGAAAUUAUAUCUAAAGUUGAUAUUCAAAAUGAAAAUAGAGCUGAUGUGCAGGCUGCCCGCAUUGAUAGCUUGCUUACCGAAAAAGGAGAUUAUGUUUCCACAGAAAACUAUGCGACUGCAACACGUUAUGUAAAUAACAUUGAUUUAAAUUUUGACAGCGAUAUUCCUGAUUUACAAGAUUUUUCAUGGGGAACGGGCCAGUAUAAACGAAGCACAAUGAACAAAUGCUCAGGAUGUAAUCAAAAAGCCAAACAAUGUACUGUUAGAAAAGAAGGACCAAAUAAGGGCAAGUUGUUUUACGUAUGUCCCAAAGCAAAACCAUGCAAUUUUUUUCAAUGGGAUGACGACGUUGACGUUACAAGAAAUACGGGCCUUCAUGUAGAUUCACUAACGAAGUGUCCUUUACAAACCGAAAGCAUCAAAUGCAGUUGCGGAAUUGCAGCUAGCUCGUUAAUCGUGCGCAAAGAGGGUCCCAACAAGUCCCGUGAAUUUUAUACAUGUUCUAAGCGAGAUGCUUCGUGUGGAUUUUUCAAAUGGAAAGACGAAGCUUUAAAACAAGGCGCUAUGGACGAAAUCAGUCAAGGUGUUCAGUGCUCAGGUAACAGAACUUCGAAAGAUUUUGCUCAAAAGCGCAAAUGCGGCUUGUGUCGUCAGGAGGGUCAUACUCGCUUAAAGUGUCCUCGAAAAUCUAAGCUUCAAAAUUAAGUAUUUUAUAUUUCUUUGAUUGUUAUUAAAAUAUGGAACUA